AAGGAUGAGUGGCGCAUGCGUCUAGUGAGAAGAGCGGAAUCGUGGCUCAGUUAGCAUCCACAACUAGCAGACUGAGUGGUUGGGAAACACGGUGUGGAGGAAGGCGUCCUGCGCACUGUAGGCAGAGAUAUAUCAGCGACUUCAAAUAUCCUCUGCUAAUCCUUGAGCUAACCAUUAUCCCUCCAUGCUGUCCGAGAAAGGGAGAUAACGAUAAUAACAUUGCACUGCCACCUGAAUUAGCCACCGUGCAAUACUGAUAAGGGAAACUGCGUUUUGCGUGAGGAAUCCAACGUAAGGUUUUAGGCAUAACCCGUUUUCUGUUCGGAAUAUAAAACAUAUAGCUGUAACCUCGACCUACGUGACUUCUUGCAAGAAUGAGGUUACCGAGUAAGAGACGAUGUGCGAUUGAAGAAGAUGGAAAGAAGAUGGACCAAGCUCCUCCGUUCAGAAACCCUUUUGUGCACGUCUUGAAAUUCUCCCCUCUGGAAAAGGCAAAGAUUGCAUUAAUGACAGUCACACUGUUCCCCAUCCGUCUGCUCAUAGCUGCAUUCAUGAUGCUGCUGGCUUGGCCUUUCGCCUUCCUGGCCUCAGUAGGGCGCUCGGAGACCACCGUCGAACCCCAGUGCCUCUGGAGGAGAGUGGUGGACAUAAUUCUGAAGAUCAUCAUGCGGGUCAUGUGGUUUGCGGGGGGUUUUCAUUGGAUGACGGUGAAAGGGCGAAGGGCGUUACCCGCAGAAGCACCCAUCCUAACCCUGGCCCCCCACUCGUCCUACUUUGAUGCCAUCCCAGUCACAAUGACAAUGGCCUCCAUCGUAAUGAAGGCCGAGAGCAAGGACAUACCUCUCUGGGGCACUUUGAUAAAGUUCAUCAGACCGGUGUUUGUCUCACGGUCGGACCAGGACUCCAGAAAGAAGACUGUGGAGGAGAUCAAACGCAGAGCCCACUCUGGAGGGGAAUGGCCUCAGAUAAUGAUAUUUCCAGAGGGAACAUGCACAAAUAGAUCCUGCCUAAUCACCUUCAAGCCAGGGGCCUUCAUCCCAGCUGUACCUGUGCAGCCCGUAGUGAUUCGUUACCCCAAUAAACUGGAUUCGAUCACAUGGACGUGGCAAGGGCCUGGAGCGUUUGAAAUCUUGUGGCUGACACUCUGCCAGUUGCACAACGAGUUUGUGGUUGAGUUCCUUCCCAUUUACACACCGUCAGAGGAGGAGAAAAAGAACCCUGCUCUCUAUGCUAUCAACGUGAGACGUGUCAUGGCUAAAGCCCUGGGGGUUCCCAUCACAGACUACUCAUUUGAAGACUGCCAGCUGGCCAUGGCAGAAGGCCAGCUGAGAUUGCCAGUGGACACCUGUCUGCUGGAAUUUUCCAAGCUCGCCAGGAGACUGGGGCUAAAACCCCGGAACACUGAGAAGGUUCUGCAGGAUUAUGGGAACAGAGCCAGGAAGCUGGAAGGUCAGAAGUUGGACUUGGACGACUUUGCUCAGUUCCUCGACGUGCCAGUUUCAGAGAUGCUCCGAGACAUGUUCGCUCUUUUUGAUGAGCAUGAAGAUAACUGCAUGGAUAUCAGAGAAUAUGUGAUAGCCUUAUCUGUCAUAUGCAGACCCGCCAAAACUCUGGAAACGAUGAAACUGGCCUUCAAGAUGUUUGAGGCAGAGGAGGACGGUGCCAUCACAGAGAUGGAGUUGGCAGUCAUCCUGAAAACGGCUUUAGGAGUGACGCACCUCAGUGUGUCGCGUCUCUUCACUGCCAUCGAUCCUGAAGACACAGGGAAGUUAACAUUUGAUAAGUUCAGAUGCUUUGUGGAGCAGCACCCGGACUUUUCAGAGGAGUACCUGUAUGCAGAAAACGCAGGCCUCAGCAGCGGCUCCUGCCACACUCACCACACAGAGCCCAGCCUGUCCUCCCGGAAGCUGCGAGGCACUGCCAGCAACAAAACAGCUAACGGUAUCUGCCCUGACUUCAGCCCCAAAGACCACGAUGGCACAAGAGAUGGACUAUUCAAGAAACAUAACUAAAAGGGUUUAAAAAAUUACAGUGGAAGAAAAACCAGCCUCUCUCCUGGUGAGAGGGUGUUGUGUAAGGGGGUGGGGGGCAGAGGGUAGCGAUGUACUUGUUGGUUAGUGAAAUGUUUUAAAAGUAAGGGACUACAUUUUAGUAACCACAACUACAAAAAUGAAGAAGUUUAUCUUACCCUUUUUUAAGUAUUGUGUCCAUGGAUUUCUUUCAGGUUAUUUUCAGCCUGGUACCGAGUUUAUUUUGUUAUAAAUUCCUUUUUUUUUCAUAGAAAGGAUCGUCAAAAUGCCAAACAAUGGCUGUUUGAGAUGCUUGAAUACUUGAAGGGCAAGCACUUAUAAGAAAGUUUUGGGGCAAAUGUUUUUUCCUCCAACAUAGUGCUCCCUGUGCAUGUGUUCAACAUGAUGGAAGAAAGCAAAAACACAAGCCCCGGACAGGGAAGUUAUCAAAUAUAUUAGUAAAAUCAGUGUUGGAUUUUCUUUUACCUGUACCUUUUAUCUGUUUCCUCUCUUUAAUGGUAGCUGCCUUUUUAACUGAAAGUGCAGAAUGCAUGGGCUCAUGUUGUUUUGAGCAGUACUGAGGAUUAUUUAUCUGAAGAAGGGAGGCCUGAGGGUACUGGUGACAAUUGUAGCUACAGUAGCCACAUUUGAGGUUAACCCGGGUCUCUGUGAGUUGACGGUCAUAAUUGCUAUGAGCCUCUUACAUAUACAGUGAUACAUUUGAUUUAGCUCAGGGUUCAGUGACAAAAAUGAAAAAUGUAACUUGUAUGAUGUCAUCAUUUUUGACACUCACUGGGUGAUGUGCAUGUCUUUUUUUUCAGAACUCAUCUGUUACUCCUCAUUCACAUUACCGUCACACAUUUCUUUCAGGUUGGCAAAUUCGAGUGUCUUUUUUUCAUUGUUGAAAUCACACAACGUGGACCAAAAAUGCAUUGGGUGAUUUAAUGUCACCCGUCAUCUUUGUACUGUCCUUUUCUGUCAGUGGUGUAAUGGCUGCAAGGAGGGGGUGCAGGGGGGUGCUCACAUAUGUGGCCAUUGAAAGCACAGUUAGUUAGGUGGCUUUGUAGGGUGUUCUAAAGGCAAGGUCGUAAUACAUCCCUUUCUGUCUUACACUGGUAUAUUUGUAGUCAUUCCUACCAUUUUCACAGCAUAUCCUCAGUAUCUCUGAAAUGCCUACUCUCAUGUGUUCAUUGAAUAUGUAAACAACAAGCCUUAAGUUGCUGGUUUUUAAAAGAUACCCAAGCAACUUUCCAUCUAGCCACUUUCAAGGGACCACUCUAGAAUUGGAAAAAAAUCUACCUAUGGUAUUAUGUUGGCCUUUCUUUGUUUUGUGUUUGUAUUGGUCUAAUUGGCACGCAAUGUGAUUUUAUUACUUCUUAGUGCACUAUCAUGCAGCCUGUGGCCGUUUCAUUUAUAAUCACAGGCUCGGUUGGCCUAUGUGUUAUUAACACUAUAUAAGAUUACAAAUGUAAUCUCAAGUCAUUGUUCUUUUGUCAUUAGUGUUCUUUAACAUAUUUGAGCACACAGUUGAAUCAGACUGAAGUGAAGGACUCUGUGAUUUUUUUUUUCCCUAAUGUUUCGCAAUGUGUCCAGAAUCUACCAUAGAGUAUCUUUCUCUGAUUUUUAAAUCAAGAAUCUAAAAUAAUAAUCAAUUUUUGGAUGUAUUGGCCAGAGAGCCGCACAUGUUGAUGCUCAUUUCAAUCAUUUGCCAACAUGUAAUUGGCAGGUUUUUUUACCUUGUUUAUUUCUAUCUCGUAUUUCUGCAAACAACCGAAUACUCACAAAAUGAAAACGAUAAUAUACUGCAAUGUCUUUGUUGUUAUUGUAUAGCACAACUAAGUGUUAAAGGGAAUGCCUCUCCUGAGCAGAUGAAAUGAAACACAAGAGACUCUGUAGCCAUUUAUACUUGGGAUCUGAGCAGUCAUGGUUUCAAUCCAUUGAGUUUGUGUUUAUGGAUAUCACUUCAGAGUUAACUCAUAUUAAUGAUAAUGUUUGUGUGGGUGAGCCUCACAUUCCCAUCCCUUUCAUGACCAUGCAUACUGUACAUGUGCUCUCAUUAUGGCUUUCGGGGAAGCAAUAUUUCACAUCUCUUAAAACUUCUCAAAGUAUAUGCUUUUAAAUAGUUCUGAUAUGUAUUUUGAAUAUUCCGAAUGCAGGACAUUUUGUGAAUUUUUGAUAUACGUAUAUGAAUGAUUUUUAUUUCCACUGCCAUGACAGAGAUCUGUGAUCUUCUCUCUUUUGCAGAUUGUAUUGAUGGAGAAAAAUGAGCUACAUUAUCAUUUUCCUUUGUAUAAUACUGCAAAUGUUUUGUGUCGUAUAUCUCCUACACAGUGUAAAGGUUUAUUGUUGUUAUAUUAUUACUGCUGAUUAUCGCUAAGUUGACUGCUUAGAAACAACAAUGCAGAUUUCUUAUGGAAACCGAUAGCCUUGAAUCUAUAGAGUUUUUAUGCUAAAAAAGAGAAUGUAUAGACAAUCUUGUCACUAUCAGAAGCUACCCAAAGCGCUGAUCGCCAGUGGACAUAUUCCCAAAAAGUCAUGGUUUUCAAAUUUAAACUUUUUAUCCUGUUUAAACCCUUUCUCUCUCCAUUGACUUUUUUUAUGUUUAAGGCAUGCAGGUUGACGUAGGCAGUGUGUCAGGCCUUGAGGUGAUGUCUGCCACCACAUGACGGGCCGUAUCGCACAAACUGUACGCAUAUAACAAUAUUUUAAUAUUUACCCCUUACUACUCUGACUUUGUUUAAAUUGUACGUAUUUGUGCUUGCACUUUAGAUUAUUUUCUUUAUUUUUUUUAAAGAAAUAUCACAUUACUGUAAAGCAUGUUAAGUUUGUAGGUUACAGUAUUGUAGCUCUAUUUUGUUAAUAUAAAACGUUUUUGCAUUCAAUUAUCUGCUGCAAUAAUGAAAGCACAGAAGAAAUUUGAGGUCACACAUUACAGGAGGCUGUCCAAAGUCCUACUUUACUUUACUGUAAGAGCUUGGUUAGUGUAAACAUCCACACGUCUUUGGAUUUUGGAAUUUGUACAGCUUGAAACAACUUUGUAAAAGCAUAGGACUUGGCACCGACCUUCUGAUUCGAAUGACAAAAAACUGCACCGUGGAAUGAUUAAAUAUGAAAUGUACUCCCAAGUGAUGUGAUUUUACACCAGGUGUCUCAUUAUACAAUUCACUCUAUAUGUAUAAGGGAACCCAUACUGUUUGUGUACAUAGGUGGAGAACCAAGAAUGAAAUGUACUGAGCCACAGUUACCCCUUUUUUUGAACACAAUGUCAAUGUGAAGUUCUAAAGGAUCAUAUAUUUUAUCAGCAAGUCAAAUAUGUGCAUUUAUAUAUAUUCAAUACUUCAGUACAAUUUGGCAUCGGGCUGUACUAAUAUAGCGGGUCCAUUUUUUUCACACUUUCCCUUUAUGUCAAAUAUCUCUGUAGAGGUGACUCUAGUUUUUGUACUUGCUAUCAAUCUGAUCAAAUGUAAACCUGCGAGAGAUACACUUGUAUGUAUGCUACUGCUGCCUGCUUCCCUCAGUUUGUCCAGCAGAGAGCCUAAGACGAAAGACUUGUGUACUCUUAACAGAGCGAUAGUGUUUUUCUGAUGGCUUAUGUCUGUGGACCAGGAAACUGAACUCUCUGUUUUCUCUGUAGCUUUACUUCCUGUCUUUUUUCUAUACCCAACAGGUUUUAUUUUAUUAAUGCAUUUUGAUUAUGAAGAGUCAUUACUGCAAGCUACUUUGAAUUUGUCUGUUCAGGACUGCUAUGAUAUAACUUGUUAAUGUGACUCUUGGAUUGAAAUAAAAAAUGAACUGUUAACA